GGAGCCAAACCAGAUGACCCAUAUGAGGUCGCUUUCGAGUUUCUACAUUCUAUCAAUUCUGCAACAAAUUAAAUAUUUUUAUCAUCUAAAUACACAACAAAUGGCUACCCGUAGCAAACACGCAAAUUCAUAUUCAAGACAACAAAUACAUCAUAAUCUCCUCAACGCCUCGAUAUUACCAUCUCUCUCUCUCUCUCUAUACACAUGUUGUGGUUGUGAAUAAAUUCGUAUAUGUACAUUUUUCAUAAUUCCGUAUAAUCAUUAAAAAAAAAAAAGAUUUUCCACUCGCUCUAGUCCUUAAUAAAUACCCCCAACCAUAAGUCCAUGAACCCUCCCUCACUCUAAUUCACGCUCACCUUUCAUUGUGAAAAAUAACAAAAAACAAAGAUCUUGUAAACUCAAACCACACACAACAAAAAUCCUUUUGAAGAGAAUGGCGAUGAAAAAAGCAAACAAGCUAACGCAAACGGCGAUGAUCAAGCAAAUCUUGAAGAGAUGCUCGAGCUUGGGAAAGAAACAGAGUAAUGUUUACAGUGAAGACGAAAACGGAUCUCCUCUUAACGUGCCCAAAGGUCACUUCGUCGUGUACGUCGGAGAGAAUCGGGUCAGGUACGUUGUGCCCAUUUCGUUUUUGACCCGACCUGAGUUUCAGCUUCUUCUCCAACAAGCUGAGGAAGAGUUUGGCUUUGAUCAUGACAUGGGUCUCACUAUCCCUUGUGAAGAAGUCGUUUUCCGAUCUCUCACCUCCAUGCUCCGAUGAACAUAUCUUCUUAGGGUUUUAAAAUAUUUUAGUUAUAUAUUUUGGAGACAUGAGAUGUUUUAGGAGAACAGAGGAAGCUGCUGAGUAAAUGCUUCUCUGUUUUAGCAAUUUUUUUUUAAUGUUUUGCUUAGUAUGGGUUUAGUAGUUGUAUUAGAGUGAGACUAACCCUUAGAGAAAAACCUAAAUGAGAAUGAUUACUAUUUUUGGUUAUCUUCUCAGAUUUACUCUCAUGGUGGUGUGGUAAUGUGUACCCUGUGAGAGACUUUUUAAUAUUUGAUGAAUGAGACUUUUAAUAUCAUCAAAGCCUUUGAUUUUUUUACUUAAA